GGUUGACGGUGUACGUUGCUGUUUUGUUUCAGACUGAAAGAACCUGUUGCUCUCUUGUGAAUUCGUUUGCCGAAAUGAAAAACUCGGCGCCUAGGUGUAUUAUAAGUUUCGCACAGUUUCCAGUGAUAAUUUUUGUGUAGUGUGCGUUCCUCUGACUGUUAACAGUGUUAACCAUGGGACUAGGAGUUUCAAAAGAGGCUUCUUCGGCCCCCGAGCCAGACAGAGCCGAUAGUGUUAUUUCUUCGAAGUUGCACGGCAGACAGGCCAGCAUUAGGCAGAGCACGAUAAAGGCUAAGGCAAAACAGCCUAUGCCGGAUCCAAAUGAGCUGGAAAGAAGGUUUACGAAAGUUUUGGCUUCUAUGGACCUCCCACCAGACAAAGCGAAACUACUGAAGAGUUACGACUACGAAAAAAAAUGGGAUAUUAUCUGUGAUCAGGAAAUGGUCCAAGCCAAGGACCCUCCUUCUUAUUAUUUAAACAAAUUACGCACCUAUUUGGACCCUAAAGCCUCGAGAAGCCAUAGGAAAAGGAAAAUGGUCGUGGACUCGACUUCGACGCAGGUUCUUAGGGACUUGGAGAUUUCCCUACGUACAAAUCACAUAGAAUGGGUGAGAGAGUUUUUGAACGAAGAAAACCUCGGCCUAGACGUGCUGAUAGACUAUUUAAGCUUCCGUCUCGGUAUGAUGCGCCACGAGCAGAGGAUAGCGGAAUCUCGAACAGCAUCCGAGGAGAAACUAAGUCAAACUGGGCACAGCACGAUAAACACGACCAGUAUUAGUCUCGAUAAGAGCAACGGCUACAUCAGGAUGCCCCUGGAUAUACCUGGAAGUCCUAGCUUAAAACGAAGGUCGAAACAUGUAGCCAAGCUGAAUAUGGGUGACUCGAAGGAUGACAUUCACGUCUGUAUAAUGUGCAUGAGGGCUAUUAUGAAUAAUAAGUAUGGCUUUAAUAUGGUGAUCCAACACAGAGAAGCGAUAAAUUGCAUAUCACUGAGUCUGAUACACAAAAGUUUACGUACGAAAGCCCUCGUCUUGGAAUUGCUGGCGGCGAUUUGUUUAGUAAAAGGCGGACACGAAAUAAUCUUAUCGGCUUUCGAUAACUUCAAAGUGGUUUGCAACGAAGAGCACAGGUUUCAGACCCUGAUGGACUAUUUCCUUAACUUCGAAGUCUUCCAUAUAGAAUUCAUGGUAGCGUGUAUGCAGUUUGUCAACAUCAUAGUACACUCGGUGGAAGACAUGAAUUUCAGGGUACACUUACAGUAUGAGUUCACAGCUCUGGGUCUCGACAACUACUUGGACAAAUUGCGGUUCACGGAAAGCGAAGAACUGCAAGUUCAAAUCUCCGCUUACCUAGAUAACGUGUUCGAUGUAGCCGCUUUGAUGGAGGACAGCGAAACGAAAACAGCGGCUUUAGAAAAGGUCGCGGAACUUGAAGACGAAGUGGCACAAUUACACGAAAGUUUGCAAGAUGUGGAACACAGAGCACUGGAGAAGAUUGCGAACUUAGAAACUGAGUUGAUACAAGUGAGACAAGAGCGAGAUGAACUGGUGGAGGUUAAGAAGAAGGCCGAUGAGGAAGUGUCGACUUUGAGGAGGGUGGUGCAGCACCACGAGCAGGAGUCCAAGAAUAGGCAGUCGAUGUUUGAAUCGAAAAUUGCUGAGCUCGAGCAUGUCAAAAGCUUGCCAAGGGGAUCGUCAAUGUCUGGCAUCUCAGACCUGCCCCCGACAGUACCUGGCGCCACCUCGACGCCCAGCAAAGCCGAAUCAGCGCCACCACCUCCCCCGUGUCCUCCCCCCGCACCCGCAGCUCCGCCGCCACCACCUUGUCCUCCUCCGCCACCCGCAAAACCUUCCUCGGGACCUAUUCCGCCGCCGCCUGCCGGUUUCAUGCAGGCUCCCGACGGCGCCAUGACGAUAAAGAGGAAAGUCCAAACCAAGUACAAACUACCCACGAUCAACUGGAUAGCGCUGAAACCUAAUCAGGUCAGGGGGACGAUUUUUAACGAAUUAGACGACGAUAAGCUGCACGGCCACAUAGAUUUCAACGAUUUCGAGGAGAGGUUCAAGAUCGGCAGCGCCAAUGUUUUGUCGAACGGCAUGAGCGAAACGGACGGGCUGUCCACUUUCCCGAGCAAGAGGUUCAAGAAGCCGGAGAAUGUUACGCUGUUGGAGCACACGAGAUUGAGGAAUAUUGCUAUAUCAAGGAGAAAGUUGGAAAUGACGCCUGACAAAGUGAUAAACGCGAUAAACAUGUUGGACUUGAAGCAACUUUCUCUGGAAAACGUUGAAUUGCUUCAGCGAAUGGUACCUUCCGAACAAGAGAGCAAGACGUACAGAGAGUACAUCAUCGAGAAGAAGAACGUUAAUUUAUUGACCGAAGAAGACAAGUUCCUGUUGCAACUCACGAAGGUGGAGAGGAUAUCGGCCAAACUGUCGAUAAUGAGCUACAUUGGAAACUUUUUCGAUAACCUACAUCUAGUAACCCCUCAAGUGCACGCGAUAAUCUCGGGAUCGAAUUCCGUGAAGAACUCGAGAAAACUCAGAUCUGUCCUCGAAAUAAUCCUGGCGUUUGGCAAUUACCUGAACAGCAGCAAAAGGGGGCCGGCUUACGGUUUCAAACUGCAGUCUUUGGACACCUUGCUGGACACGAAGUCGACGGACAAGCGUCUGUGUCUGCUGCACUACAUAGUGGCGACGAUAAGACAGAAGUUCCCGGAACUGCUCAAUUUCGAUGCCGAACUCCAUUAUAUAGAGAAAGCUGCUGUGGUUUCUCUGGAAAACAUCAACACUGAUGUGACUGAACUAGAGAAGGGCAUGGAGGCAGUUAGGAAGGAGGCGGAGAUCCGCGGAAGGGGUAGCCAUAGCCUGGUCGUGAGAGAUUUCCUGGCAAACGCCGAGGACAAGCUCAGGAGACUGAAAAGUGACUCAAAGAUGGCUCAGGAAGCGUUUAGGGAGUGCGUGGAGUACUUUGCCGAGUCGCCCAGGACCACCGACGCCAAUACUUUCUUCUCUUUGCUCGUGAGAUUUGUUAAAGCAUUUAAGACAGCAGAUCAGGAAAAUGAACAGAGGAGAAGGUUAGAGCUGGCGGCGCAGAACGCCCACAGCAAAACGAACGAGGACGUAGCGAAAAAGAACAAGAUCAACCAGAAGAAACAGCAGGAGGCUGUGAUAAAUGAACUUAAAACUAAAACAAGACUGGUGCAAGAGAAGAAGUUGCUUCAUCAAGAUGAAGUGUACAACGGUGCUCUGGAAGACAUUUUGUUGGGACUUAAAAGUGAGCCUUACCGUAGGGCGGACGCGGUUAGGAGGAGUCAGAGGAGGCGGAUCGAUAACAAUAGAUUAUCGAAAACGUUGGAGGAGAUGGAAGUGUAAAUAACGAGAUUAUAUUACGAGGGACAAUCGGCAGAGUUUAUUUAUGCACGCAAAUCGCGGGGCACAGUGCGUGUAAGAACGGACAGUAUCAAAUCAGAGCACUAGUGGUGUUUCGCAUGAUUUAAAUGAGAAAAAUUAUAUAAAGCAAUUAUUAGUGGACAGAUUUUCAGGCGAAUAACUAGUGUGCAAAGUCCAGAUGUAUUUUUACACACACUGUGCAUUUCUUUAGAUAUUUCAAUGGUUUCAAAUUGUAGGUGUACUGGGUGUUCACGUUAAUUGGCAAAACUCGAAUUGGGAUGGUCAAAAUAUUAAACAAAAUCUGAAAAAUAUUCCAGAAAUGCGUGCGGAUCUGUCGAAAUAUCCCACUUCUUGAAUGUAAG